UUUCCGUGGGAUGCUUUAAAACUUAUCAUGGCUAGUUUUCGUUGAUAUCAUUUCUUUAAUUGUAGGUGCACUUGGAGCUCUUGUAUUGUCCUUUCGGCACUGAGAGUGCAUUUAUGAAUCCUUCUAACCCUGACUUUGGAUUAACUAGCAUGGAAAGGGCUCUUUUACAAGGAACUGGGGGAAUAGAUUCCGCCAGCCUAGUGAACUCAGCCUCGACGAAAAAGGAUUUUGUUAUUAGAGGGGUUCUUUCAGUGACAGUACUAUCUGCAGAAGAUUUGCCGAGUACUGAUCUCAGGGGAAAAUCGGAUCCUUUCGUUGUACUAACGAUGAAGAAGUCUGAUCAGAAGAGCAAGAGUCGGGUUUUAAAUGACACCUUGAAUCCAGUUUGGAAUCAAACAUUUGACUUUGUUGUUGAGGAUGGGCUACAUGAGUUGUUGAUGUUGGAAGUUUGGGAUCAUGACACGUUUGGGAAGGACAAAAUGGGAAGAUGCAUAAUGACACUCACAAGGGUUAUAUUAGAGGAAGAAAUUACAGAUACCUUUUUAAUAGACGGGACACCAUCAGGAAGGUUGAAUUUGCAUCUCAAGUGGGCGCCACAACCUAUCAUCCGGGACUGAUAGAGUGAGCACGAAAACUAUUGCAACCAAUUACAUUGUCGCUUUGCUUGGACAUUCUCCAGGUAUGAUCCAAGAAAGUUCAAAAUCCAGUUUUUUAUUUUCAAUGGUAAGUCGCGAAGAAAAACACGGUAGACAAGAAUUUACACUGAUACUUAUAACCAUCAUAGUUGUUGCUAAUGUUUUGUCACUGAGGAAUAGAUAUUUCACCUUAUUUUUGCAGGAAAAUUGUUGAUUUCAUUGUUCGCUUCUUACAAGCCUUCUCAACUUGGUUCUUGAUUGAACACUUGCGCGAUUUGCAUUAUUUUCUUGCUGUUGAUGUGCUCUC